GUCAGGUCAUGAACAUCUAGCUCAAACGCCCUCACCUACAUCACCAUCAACCCACCCACCCCGACUUUCUCCCCGCAAAAUGUCCGCCAGCUUCCUGCGCGUCGCGGUCCGUAGCCGCCCAGCCUUCUUCGCCCAGGCCCCUGUGCGCCGCGCUGCCUUUGUCGCGCCUGUCGCUCACAAGAGCUUCAGCACCUCAGUCCGCCGCGCCGGCGGUGAGGACACUCACGCCGACCACCACGAGGAGAGCUUCGAGGAGUUCACUGCCAGGUACGAGAAGGAAUUCGACUCCGUCCAGGAUGUCUUCGAGCUUCAGCGCAACCUGAACAACGCGUUCGCGUACGAUCUCGUUCCCUCUCCCACGGUCAUCACCGCCGCUCUGAGGGCUGCGCGCCGCGUCAACGACUACCCCACCGCCGUCAGGAUCUUCGAGGGCAUCAAGGCCAAGGUCGAGAACCAGGGCCAGUAUGACGAGUACGUGAAGGAGCUGGAGCCUCUGAGGGAAGAGCUGGGCGUCAACCUCAAGGAGUCUCUGUACCCCGAGAAUUAAACAGUCCGGGUCUCUAAUAGACGGUCUUCGUCGCUGCACCGUGCAUUGAGGGAAUAACCGGCGCGAUAACGGCUGAAGAUGCGGACUUGCCCGGCAAGCGGGAGCAGGUGGUAGAGGGGAGAAUUGGCCGCGGAGGGCGACUUGUAUCAUCAUGGAAAAUAGUCGUUGGUCCAAAGCAAUUGUACAGCUUUCCUUGCCG